CCGUAAUCAUACACGUUUGUGCUUCCUGACCCAUCUUUAUCAGUGUCUCUGCUCAUUGCCAGUUACGCACACAAAGGGUUUCUUUCCUACAAAGCUACUCCGUUUAGAUCGAACCUUGUGAAGGGAGAAUAUCUGCUGCCGUUGCUUUGACUUUUUGAUUGCACAAACAGCAGCAUGCGAUUCCUUCUUCCUUCCGUGCUCGCGCUACCCGUGCUAGCGUCGGCGUUUCAACAACCCCAUCCACAGCAAUGGCUCACCCCAAGUCACCGGCAUGUAAAAGGUCGUAGUCCAAGUAGCUCUACUGCAGCGACCUCGGCUCUGUCCAUGGCGGUAGAAACCAAAAAGCCUGGAACCGCCAAACUCGACGUUGCCUGGGAAGAACUCGGCUUUGAGUUCCGACCGACCAACUCCCACAUCAAAAUCACCUACAAGGAAGGUAGUGGGUGGGGUGAACCAGAGCUCGUAAAGGAGCCCUACGUCAAUUUACAUAUCGGCGCCACCGCCCUGCACUACGGACAGUCCUGUUUCGAAGGACUCAAGGCCUUUACGCACGCCGACGACGAGGUGUACGUCUUUCGCCCCGAAGAAAAUGCGCACCGCAUGCAGUCCUCCUGUGAGAGGCUCAUGAUGCCCGUGAUGCCGACGGAAACCUUUGUCAAUGCCGUGAAUACGGUUGUUAAGGACAAUAUUGAAUACGUGCCCCCGUACGGUUCCAACGGUGCCUUGUACAUUCGUCCGCUUCUGUUCGGUUCCGGCCCCCGCAUCGGUCUACAACCAGCCGACGAAUACACCUUUUUGAUCCUUGUAAUCCCUGUCGGCGAUUACUACAAGGGAGGCCUGGCAACUCCCGUCAACGGCUUGCUCAUUCAGGACUUUGACCGCGCCGCACCCCGAGGGGUCGGCGCCGUCAAGGUCGCAGGCAACUACGCCGCCGACCUACUGCCUAACAUGUUGAGCAAAAAGAAGGGGUUCCCCAUUGGUCUCUACCUGGAUUCCAAAACACAGAAUUUUAUUGAAGAGUUCAGUACUAGCAACUUUGUGGGUAUCGACAAUAGCAAGAACGCCUACGUGACCCCCAAAUCGCCUUCCGUCCUCCCGUCCAUCACCAACAAAUCGCUUAUGCAGAUUGCCAAAGACGAAGGCAUGACGGUAGAAGCCCGUGAUGUGACCAUUGCCGAGCUCGAAACUUUUGACGAAGUACUGGCGGUCGGUACUGCCGUUGUGGUCACUCCGGUCGGUAGCAUUACUCGCUUGGAUUUGCAGGAAGCCGGUGACGUGAAACGAUACGAGUUCGGGACCAAGAACGAAAUCGGUGAAACUACGCGACGGUUGUACGAUCGCGUUCGGGCCAUUCAGAAUGGCGAAGCUGAAGACGUGCACGGAUGGAAUCAUCGAGUGCAGUAGACUUCCUCAUAGCGUGACCAUAAUAAAGUAAAAGAACAUUACAAUC